AGGCCUUCUGCGUAGUGCUCCUCAACUGUGCAGGACUCGUGGAAGGUGGAAUAGGUGGCUUCCAGGUGUUCGCCUGGGUUGCUGUGGGCCAAUGAGGUUUGGGGUCGCUGCAGGAGAUGGGAACUUCGGCGUCUUGUGUACAGGAAGAAAGGAAUGGAAAGAAUACCAUCAAACGUUGUGCUCAGUCACCGAUUCCUUACAUCGUGCCCGUGUCUCCUAAGCGUUCAGUGAUGAACAUCAAUGUCUCUUCAGAAGAGCUGUUGUCCACCAAGGGAGGUGACACGUCCAGAGCGGAGGAGCCUCCAGAAAAAGGAGUGGACACUUCACUGACUUCUGGAAAUUCUCUGAUUUCUGCGGGUGGAGAUUCUACCCAUACUGGUACUGCAGUCUGCAAGAUGAUGUCUGAAAAUGUGCCAGAUGUGUCGAGUUCGCAAGCAGUCGGGAACAACUCCUCCGCCAAAAGCAGUUCCCAGGAGAAUGAAAUCCAGAUGCAGAGGAAAAGUGAAGCUGCAAGUCCCACAACUGUACCAGAUGCCAGUACCCCAAAACACGGCUUAUCUAAGGACCCUUCCACGUGGUCUGUGGAUGAAGUCAUCCAAUAUAUGAGAACCAAAGAUCCUCAAAUACCAGCUCCCAUCACUGACCUCUUCAGGAUACACGAAAUCGAUGGGAAGGCUCUGUUAUUACUGAAGAGUGAAGUCAUGAUGAAAUAUAUGGGGUUGAAGCUGGGCCCAGCAUUAAAGCUAUGCUAUUACAUUGAUAAGCUGAGAGAAGGAAGAUACAGUGACAAAAAUACUUAAGUUUAGAGUUGAGAUAAUUCUCAGGAGUAUUGCUAAAAUGUUUAAUUUAAAAUGUGAAGUUUUUGUUUCAUAGAAAUUUCCUAUAAAAGUAUUUGCUCAGAAUUAAAAAUUAGGGUAACAGUCCAAUUUUUAACAGAAGUUUUUUUUUUGUUGUUGUUUUUUACUGCUUUAAGAACUAUUUAACAUCUUAGGAUUAACAUAUUCAGACUGGCAGUCUGUCCUUUACCUUACUAUUUUUGCUGUACAGAUAUGCUUCACGCAGUGAACAGAAGAGACCUUUUACCUUUGUUCCAUGUCUGUGUCUAGAACCAAACAGCUAAAUCCCAAAGGGUAGGAUAUCAGGGAUUGGCAACAUCUGUAAUUACAAUUCAGGAGAAUUUUUCCUCAGAAGAAAAUUUAAAGAUGUGCCCAUAAAUAUCAUCUCGUUCUCACAUGUUUUCCCUACCUGAUUCUGCAGUGUCUGUUCAUGUUCUACCAAUUUCUAGAAAGAUACUAGCCGUAGAUAUUAUUUUCCUUCCUGUUAUCAUUCCUGCGUGUGUUUUGUUCAUAUAUAAAGGAAAUAAGCCAGCUUAUAAAUGUCCAUAAGUAUUCUUACCAGGUUUUGAUCCAGUUUUAAAGUUAUAGCAUAGAAAGGAUGAUCCUUUUAUGUUGGAAGUAUUUAUACCACAAGGGCAGUUUGGUUGGAGUAUGAUUACAUUUUUCCAACAAAAGAUACAUAUUUUAAAGCUCCCCAUUUUUUAAAUGCUUGGGCAGGAAGUAGGCGUUUAUUUCUCAUAUUUCUAUGUGAAGAUACCUGUGUCCCAAUUUAUAAAAGAUAUAUAUUUUAUUGUAUUGUUUAUUCCCCAUACAGACCUUUUACCAUAUUUAUAUAUUGUUCUAUACUUGUAGGAAUACACACAAGUAAAUCUUUUCUCUUUGAGUUUAAUAUGGCACUUUGCACUGCCACAGAGGUGAUGAUGAGCUAUGUAUAUAUUAGAUGCUUGUAUUUUGUUAAAAAAAAAAAAACAGCAGAAAGUGCAAAUUGUUUGUGAUCACCAGUACCUCUCAACUUAACUCUUCAGGGGAUGGGAACCGAUCUGUAGAUUGGUUUCCGUACAGGGAAAUUCUCUGUCCUAUGCAAUGUUUCUGAUCGAUGUGCUUAGUUCUGAGCCAUAUGUCUGCCUCACUUGAAAGAUGCCAUUAAUUCUGACUUACUGUUUUAGGCUUUACCGUUUAAGUUAGGAGUUUCAAGGGGAAGUGGUGCUACGUGUGUACUGUUACUAGUCUGUAUAAUGUUGAUGUUAUGUUGAUAAGCUACCAGAAGCAGUUAUAAAAAUAUUAGCCAUUUGUUGCAAAGGCCAAUAGUGUGUUCACCAGGGGCAAGACUGUGCAUUUUAGUUUUAGAAAACCAAACACAUGUUAGACCUGAGAGCAACUAUUUUUAGAGGAUCAUUCAUGUGUGUAAUUCCCUAUGUGCUGUACCACUUGGUUCUUACUUAAACUUGGUCUUUCAAACUCUUUGUAUGAAGAUGCUGUGCCCAGCUGAGCAGUCCUCAGGUGUUUGUACAAAUACUAUGUUUUUCAGUUUUCAGAUUUGAAGAUAUAAUAAAAUAACUGCAGCCAUUCUA